GCUGGAGUGGAUGUGAACGACUAGAACCCUGGGCUUUGCAGGGUGCUGGAAGCUGGAAGUCUCUGUCAUGGCCUGUCAGAAGAAGCCCCUGGGGGCUGGUCUACCAUGUUGACCACUGACUGGAGAUUGUGCCUGCUGAGGUCAAGAAAUGUAGCCGCUAAUUGCUGUAACCUAAAAACCUCACAAGCUUCAAGUCUCCAAGGACUCUCCAAAUCCCAGAAUCUCCCUGUCAUCACAUCCUAGAAUUUAAAACCUGAGACCAUCAACUUCAAGAAAACUUGGGGAUUUCAAAACCUGGCACCAAAGAAAGCAGGACCCACACUCGCCAGCUCUGUGAUCUUGGGCAAGUUGCUUGACUACUUAUGCCUCCAUUUCCUUCAUCUGUAUAGCAGCAACACAAUAAUGAUGAGAUGGAGCUCAAGGGGCCAUGGUGAGGUUUGAACGUGAUCACUUGUGAGAUGUGUUCAGCGCUGUAUCUGACCCACUGAAAAUUCAAGAUAAACAUCAGCUACUGAGAUGAUGGUGGAUAUUUGGAAUCCUAAAUCCUUGGAAACUAGGGCUUUAACUAGAGGCCCGCUCUCGGAAAAGGACUCGAUGCCCAACCCCAGGCCAGUCAAGCCCUCAGCCCCUUCCUUGGCCCUUGGCCCAUCCCCAGGAGCCUCGCCCAGCUGGAGGGCUGCACCCAAAGCCUCAGACCUGCUGGGGGCCCGGGGCCCAGGGGGAGCCCUCCAGGGCCGAGAUCUUCGAGGCGGGGCCCAUGCCUCCUCCUCCUCCUCCUUGAACCCCAUGCCACCAUCGCAGCUGCAGCUGCCCACACUGCCCCUAGUCAUGGUGGCACCCUCCGGGGCACGGCUGGGCCCCUUGCCCCACUUACAGGCACUCCUCCAGGACAGGCCACAUUUCAUGCACCAGCUCUCCACAGUGGAUGCCCACGCCCGGACCCCUGUGCUGCAGGUGCACCCCCUGGAGAGCCCAGCCAUGAUCAGCCUCCCGCCACCCACCACCACCACUGGGGUCUUCUCCCUCAAGGCCCGGCCUGGCCUCCCACCUGGGAUCAAUGUGGCCAGUGUGGAGUGGCUGUCCAGGGAGCCGACACUGCUCUGCACCUUCCCAAAUCCUGGUGCACCCAGGAAGGACAGCACCCUUUCGGCCACACCCCAGAGCUCCUACCCACUGCUGGCAAAUGGCAUCUGCAAGUGGCCUGGAUGUGAGAAGGUCUUCGAAGAGCCAGAGGACUUCCUCAAGCACUGCCAGGAGGACCAUCUUCUGGAUGAAAAGGGCAGGGCGCAAUGUCUCCUCCAGAGAGAGAUGGUACAGUCUCUGGAGCAACAGCUGGUGCUGGAGAAGGAGAAGCUGAGUGCUAUGCAGGCCCACCUGGCCGGGAAAAUGGCAGUGCCCAAGGCUCCAUCUGUGGCAUCAUCUGACAAGGCCUCCUGCUGCAUUGUAGCUGCUGGCAGCCAAGGCAGCAUGGUCCCAGCCUGGUCUGGCCCCCGGGAGGCCCCCGACAGCCUGUUUGCUGUGCGGAGGCACCUGUGGGGCAGCCAUGGAAACAGCACAUUCCCAGAGUUCCUCCACAACAUGGACUACUUCAAGUUCCACAACAUGCGACCCCCUUUCACCUAUGCCACGCUCAUCCGCUGGGCCAUCCUGGAGGCUCCAGAGAAGCAGCGGACACUCAAUGAGAUCUACCACUGGUUCACACGCAUGUUUGCCUUCUUCAGAAACCAUCCUGCCACCUGGAAGAACGCCAUUCGCCACAACCUGAGCCUGCACAAGUGCUUCGUGCGAGUGGAGAGCGAGAAGGGGGCUGUGUGGACCGUGGAUGAGCUGGAGUUCCGCAAGAAACGGAGCCAGAGGCCCAGCAGAUGUUCCAACCCUACACCUGGCCCCUGACCUCAAAACCAAGGAAAGGAGGAUGGACAAACAGGGGCCAAACUGGUGGAAGGCAGAGGUGGUGGGGACAGGGAUGACAGGCCCUGGAUGUGCCCACAGGGACCAAGAAGUGAGGUUUCCACCAUCUUGCCUGCAAGGGCCCCUGUUCCCCCGUUGGCAGCCACCCCCUCCCCCAUCAUAUCCUUUGCCCCAAGGCUGGUCAGAGGUGCCCCAGUCCCAGCCCCAGCCCCGACCUCUACACCAAACAUACCCCCCAUUCGAGCCCUACAGCCAAAAAGCCUGCCUCAGCUGCUCGCACAGAUGACUUCAGGGCUGGAAAAGUCACACAGACACACAAAAUGUCACAAUCCUGUCCCUCACUCAACACAAAUCCCAAAACACAGAGAUCCUGCCUCAGUACACUCGAACAACCUCAAAGCUGCGUCAUCAGACAAUCACACACAAGCAUGGCCCUGACAACCCACAUACCCCAAGGCACACACCCACAGCCAGCCUCAGGGCCCACCGGGGCACUGUCACACGAGGGUGUGCCCAGAGGCCUACACAGAAGCAGCGUCAGCACCCUCAGGAUCUCAGGUCCCACAAAGCCACACAGACACGUAAUUGCUCAUACAUGGUCUCAUGCAGCUCCCAACACAUGCUCGGUCACACACAUGGCCCGUUAGAACUCACCUACAUAUCUCACACAUGUGCACACACACAGCCCCCCAGUGGGUCUCUUGAGUCCCAUGCAGACACACAUAGCUACACACACUGACUUGCCAAAAAUACUCUGUGUCUCCCCUGCCACUCACCUCACUCCCAUGCCCUG